AUUUCGCCGCCUCUCUAUUGCGACGCUUCGUUCCAAGAACUGAUCACCCUCGCUCACUGACUGCCACCAUCUGAGUUCCGAUUCGAAAUCUAAGCCUGAACUUUGAGGCGAUUGGCGAAGUAACCCUUUUGCAGGACGAUACGGAACUCCAUAUAUACACAAACAGAGGCAAUUUGGGCCCUGUGAACUCAUGUGCUCGCGCCUGUUCUAUUUACCGCAAGUUAGUUCGAGUUUACCUUCUAUUUCCCAGCAGUUUUCUCGCCAAUUUUCUUUUCCAGGAAGGAUGAGCAGUCACCAGACUUGGGGCCUUAUGCCUAGCACCGGAUUAGGGGGAGAAACUCAGAGGAUACAUGAUGAUGUUUCAGAAUGCCCCAAGGACUGUGAGGCUCCGAGUUCUGUCUAUGAGGAGGAAUGGCCAACACUUUCUGAUAGUAUCAGCUCUGUUCCUAAGGGUAAAAAGAAAAUUAAGAUCGACUUGAGAACUCUGCAUGAACAAAUAUUGCAGGACCGGCCCGGCAACACCUGUCCAUCGCAACAUGAGGCCUCCCCCAUGACUACUGUCAAAACCAUAGAGGACCAAUCUUUGCUGCCUACGAGUUUUGGGAAGAAACGUCCCCCCUCUCCUACAAGAGGAAGACACAAGCACCACCAAACUCAGCUGGAGUAUUUUGCGGAUGCUGCAAAAACUGAUUCUAACAUGGGGUUACCUAUGCAUGAACCAUUUGAUAUCUGCAAUGGAUCUUCCAUACUGGAUGCUUCUUUAAAUGCAGAGAACAAAGAAAAAGAGAUGGGGCCGAAACAUUCUGUGGAAAAGCCUGGAGAAGUUAUAAAGCCAGGGAUGGUUUUGUUGACAAGUUUCCUCACACUCGAUGAACAGGAAAUGCUUGUUCAAAUAGUAAAGAUAUGCCGAGAGCUUGGUCUCGGCUCUGGAGGGUUCUAUCAACCUGGUUACAAGGAUGGCGCGAAGCUUCGGCUAAUGAUGAUGUGUCUUGGGCUAGAUUGGGAUCCUCAGACGAGAGCAUACAGAAAACAACGGGGUGUUGAUGGUACUGAGCCACCCGGUAUUCCUUGCAAAUUUAAGUCUUUGGUGAAAAGAGCACUUCAAGUUUCCCAUGCCUUAAUAAAAAAGAACAUGGAUGUAAGCAAUGCAGAAGAUAUACUUCCCAAUAUGUCUCCAGAUAUAUGCAUUGUGAACUUCUAUUCGACCAAUGGGCGGCUUGGUCUUCAUCAGGAUCGCGAUGAAAGCAAAGAUAGUCUAAGUAAAAGGCUACCCGUUGUCUCCCUUUCUAUUGGUGAUUCGGCAGAAUUCCUCUACGGGGAUCGGAGAGAUGUAGACAAGGCAGACAGAGUUCUGUUGGAAUCCGGAGAUAUGUUGGUAUUUGGUGGCGACUCUAGGCAUAUCUUUCAUGGGGUCCCAUCCAUUAUCCCCAACUCAGCGCCAACAGCUUUGUUGAAAGCAACGAACCUGCGUGCUGGCCGUCUCAAUCUUACUUUCAGGCAAUAUUGAGAGUACUGGUGAACUACCUAUUGGGCCAUCUUUUGUUUGUCUCUACUCGAGCUGAUAGGGAAAUAGCACACAAUGACUCAUCUUGUUAACUGUUCUCAAUUUUGUUUCACUUGCGUCGAAGAUGUAAUUUGAUUGUCUUACUGUCAGCUGAACACCCUGGCUUUCCAUGAGUAACAUCCUUCUCCCAAAGCUGUGAUUCCCGGCCAUGUUUAGCCUCUCUGAGGUUUCCCACUUCAAUUUGAUGGAAACAUGAUGUCUUAUGAUGA